GGAAGGAAAGGUUGUGCGCCUAGAGUAGUCAAUGUUGACAGCAGACUGCUCAAAGGUACCCUGAGAUUCACUGAUCACCAUGUACUGCCAUCAACGUAGCCCUUCCUGCCUGUAACCUAAUAAUAGUAUAUACACAUGUGCUCCACACAUAGGUUCUCAAGGCCAUUACAGGGUCUGCAUAAGAUAAUCCGCGUGUGCCCGCUUUGUGCGUUCCAGGGAACUCUGACUUCAAUUGGAAAGAUUGACGAGACCACCUCAUCAUCCAUGAGGUGCGAUACCCGCUACAGCAACCAAAAGGAUACCUUAUCAGGAGAAACCGGAGAAAUUUAGUUAGUUGAUGGACAUACGAGGGCGGACAUCCACACAGAUAUAUACCAAGAUUGAAUCAAAAAUAUUGAUGUGGGAUGGGGAGUGAGAGCAUUACUUUGAACAGAUGUAAGGAGAGUCGAAACAGCUGCUGUAAAGACAAGUAAACUGACUAGAUUGUCCAGGAAGCUAGGCAAGUGGAUGCACGAGACUGAGGGUUUCAUGCACUGUCGGUUAUGUGCGUGUUUAUUACACAACAAGUGCGUGUGUAAAACUAGUGAACGCAUGGCUACGGUGACUGAAAGGGCCCAAAGCCAAGGAGCUACGCAGAUAGGUGGGGUAGUUUCCAACCUAACUCAUCAACAGCAUCGUCAUCGUCAUCAUCAUCACAUCUGUGCAGACAGACAGCACAGACAGACACAUACACACUCACAGAAAGAGAACGGCUGAAACAAGUCUAAACAAAGGAGGAGCCGAGAAAGGAGAGGAAGAGUCAACACAUCAGGGCAAGCCACAAGAAGCACGUCUAGUGCUGGUUCAGGGUCGGCUGCUCUGCCUUCUAGGGUAACUAGUUUGUGCGGAACAAGUAUUACAAGUCCUCGGUGUCCUGUUUCAGAAGCUUUGCAGUGCAUGCUCUCUUAUUCUUUUAUGCUGCCGCCGUCGGUUUGCGAGAGGAGAACCAAAGAGCGCUGGCUUUGAUUGGGUUGGGGUUCUUACAGUUUGCCUACUGGUUCGCCUGCAAGUUUAAACGACGAAGGUUACGAGAAAGUAGAGAAAGCCCACACUAGAGCAUGAGGAAAACGCAUCUUGUAUUUGUCUAGGGUCUGCUUCUCUAUUUCCUAGUUUCGUUUAGAAUGCCUUUCCGGUGUCCUUGUUUCAGGAGUUCAAGUGUGCACACCUUCUUCUCUUGUCUCUGCGAGGCAUUUAGGUGGGGAGAGUACUUGUAGAGAAGUCUGGUGUUGAGGUGGAACAAGUCAAUACAGCAGGAGACGCAGAAGCAGCGGAAGAUUCAAUACCAGUUGGAAGUACCACCAGAUAGGGCUGGCGUUUGUUAGGUUUGAUGUCUUUUAAUAAGAGUAACAAGGGUUACUCUUGAAGAUACGAGACCUUGGGACAUAGAGACAACCAAUUAGUGGAUUAUGGAACGAGCAUGCGGAACAAAGAUGAUGUCGAGAGUAUGUGGAACGUCAAUGAUUUCGAGAGCAUGACGGACUUGAGUAUGACUGUGGCUUCAUCGUUUGAAAAUUAUCGUAGAGAUUGAGGGUUCCGUCAAGGCGGGCAGUGACCGAUUGUUGCGAUUCGAUGGCCUCAGAUGGUUCUUCGCCCCACACCUCGCCUGCCCCAUCUCCUCCUGAAAAGCCCAAGGGGAUUUCUAGGAAAAAGAAAAGUGCCUCACAAACUGAAGUUCUGGAGAGAGCAUAUGCUGGAUAAGAUAGUUCAUCUGGGUGUAUUCUCAUACAAGCUUAAGGCCGUUCUAUUCAUCAUCUCUCGUGCAAUUGCAGUGGAGAAAUAUCCGUCCGAGGCAACUAGACAAAAGCUUGUUAGGGACCUUGAUCUCUCUGAUAAGCAGCUUCAGAUCUGGUUUACACACCGACGGUAUAAGGACCGGCGUGAUGGAAUUGACGAUGAAAAGUUGACAUUUUAUGCCAAGAAUAAGACUCAAGAUCAUAUGCUAAAUCAGGAAUGUUCAUCUAAAAAAGAGGAAGCUCAGCGUGUGGUGGAGGAAGAAUCAGAACCUGACGGAUACCUAGCUCAAGUGUUAGCAGAGGAGCGAGAUGAUGAUGAGCUUAUUGCCGAGAACGAAUACACAAAUGGCAUGGAUGUUGCUAGUAACGGUGGCUACAGAGAUUCAGAGAAGAUCAUGCCUGGACCAAAAAGAAGAGGUGGUCCAAGAAUACCCAAGGAUCCAAACAGGCCACCGCGACGACCAGGUCCAAAGCCAAAAUUCAAUGCUAUGGCAGCAGCUGAACGGGCAGCUAUAAUGGCUGUUGAAAGCCAGUUGUGUGGACCUCUUAGAGAAGAUGGGCCACCAUUGGGAUUCGAAUUUGAUCCUCUUCCACCUCGUGCAUUUACAGAGUUGCCGAUGACCGAAGUGCCUCACACUGCAGGAGGAAGCAGAGAUGGUGGAUCUGAAAACUACAGUGAAAGGACUGCGUUGCAAAGCAAGUGGUCCAAGGAGCUUGAGCUUGCGGAGAACAAGAAACGAAAAAUAGGGUGGUUGCCAAUUAGCGGCUCACAAGCCCAGCAUUUGAGCGUACACAAGCCCAGUAGAGGAGAAAAUGGAUACUGAAGUUGAUGCUCAGAGCGAAAGGUGGCGAGCUGCCGAGUUUUUUUUAAAUCUGUUCCGAACCAGCUCCGAAGUUCUGUUUCUUGGUGAUGUAUAAAUUCAACGCAUGGACAUUUUGUGGUUAGCGCGCAAAGUGGGACUAUGUCGACCAGAUUCUUGGCACAUCAAUGCAGCGGCUACACGUACUGUUGCAAGAGCUUUCGACGUUGUCUGUGUGGGUACUCAAGGGACAUAUGCAGCCUGGAACUGUACCAGUGUCCUAAAUUGGGUCAUUGUCCAGGUGGUCUCUGCGUGAUCUCUUACUUAGAUUUCGCCUCAGGGGUUGGUGUACAGUGUGUGCCCUGAGGGUCUUGUCUUUCGAGUUGCGAUUGCGUAAAUCGUGGUUUCAGUUAAUUCAAGCUUUGUGUCUACAAAUGGUGUGCACUGGAGCCGGAAGUUAUGAACCGUUAGGUUGAUUUUGUGAAGAAGCCUAGGAAGGAGCCUUCUGCGACUACAUGAGAACAGGAUACUGAUGGUGUUGAGACAUAGGAGAAUGAGCUCCUAGUUUUAGUGUUCUCAGCAUUUGCUUCUCAUCCACCUUAUAUUGAAUAGUUGGAUAUAGAGGACACCACUCGCUUCUUAUCGAAAAGUGACUUGAAGGGUCAGAAUCAGCACACAACUUGUAUCAGGUUGUGACUUAAAUACAAUCUUGAUUGUUUUCAGUAUGGCUCACUUGUUACAGCAGUUUUUUAUGCACUA